AUGGACGAAAUAUUUUACGCAAUAGAGUUCUUCUUUAUCAUACUGGGAUUUUUAUUGUGACGUUUAACAAAUACAUGGAGAUUAGAAAACGGAAAGGUUUUUAUUCUACUUUUUUACUUAAUUUUAUCAAAUUUUAUUUACUAUUUAGUUCAUUCAGAACUAAUAUUCAAAAUCGCUUAUGCCACACCUGAAAACCUCAAUGAUUCCGGUCAUUUUUUUAUCUGUUUAUACGGCCAUAUGCUGUGGCUGCUGCCUCUAUUUUGGGUUUUAGAAGGGAUAGUAAUGGCCUUAAAUGUUUUAGUAAGCUUUUGUAUGUUUAUAUUUAUAGACUACGCAGGGCUUAUAUUGGUAGAAACUAUAGCUGCUUCCUAUUGUGGAGCAUGAUAUGCCGCAUUUGUGAUUUUUUCCCCAACAGCUAUUAUAGAGUUUGCUUUGCUUGAUAAAUCUCCUUAUAUUUUUUUCAAAGAUGGAGACGAUUGUAAUGAUGUCGGCUUUGUUAUUGCUUUGCUAUGUUAUCUUACUCCCCCCCCUCCGUGAGUGAAACAAAAAAAUUUUGUUCACUCACGGGAGGGGGGGUUAAUAAUUUUUUUUUUAAAAAAUUGAUAUAUAAAUUUUCUAAAAAAUAUUUUUUUUCGAAAUUUAAAAAAAUCCUAAUUCGCAAAAAUUGGAAAGCAAAUAUUAAUUUAAUUUAUUAAAUUUAUGUUUUAAAAAGCAAUUCGUUUAAAAUUAAACAGAGUUAGCACUAUAUUUCAUUAUGCUAAUUAUCACUUAUAUAUCAAAAUUUUUUUCCAUAAAAAAUUUUUGUUCACUCACCGAGGGUGGGUUUUUGGGCAAAAAAUAGCGAUUUUUCUAAUGGUUUUGUUCACUCGCGGAGGGGGGGGAGUUAGAAGGUAAUAAUAAAGUGGAUAAAAGUAAUGGCUCUCUAGCUAGAAACCUUCCUCUUCUGAAGAUUUUAGUAUUGUGUCGUUAGGUUUAUCAGGCGCACAUUUAUUAACAGCCUUGAAAGCAGUGCAUCGCAUAGGGUAAAUCAAUUUUCAAAGGAAGCAGAAGAGUUUACGUCUUGAUACACAUGAGGAGGGCGACCUUAGGUAGAAAAUGAGCAGGAGUCAAAUCUAAGGCAAGGCAAAACGACUUAAACUUAAACUUAUUCUAGGUAUGCCUAGUCUAUUGGAAAUUCAUCAUUAAGGAUCCUCGAGGGAAUUAACCCUUUUUGCGACAUCGCUAAGGAGAACUUUUUAAAAUAAGGUGAUUUGCAGGGCCGCCAAAGCUCAAACAGCAUCUUUCUUUUUUAGCCCUGCUAUCAUGAUCAACUGAAUUAGAGUUCUCCUCCUUGACUUUUUGGCUCCAGAGCUGAGUGGAGGACCUUGGGCUUCUGCAGUUUGCUGAUUGGGUGUACAAAGGCUGUCCACAAAAAAAUGGGGAAAUAAAAUUGCCUAUCGGCUGGGCAUUGCAGCCUCAAACGAAUUUUAUUUAUAUCAGCAAGGUUUUAAAAACCCAGAAAUGAAUAUUAGUGCUAGGUAUGCAAUUCUGAAAUGCACAGAGCCUAGCCUUAAUCCACUUUCAGGAUUAGAUUUUUCCUCUAGAAAAGGUGGGCUCAGGAUUUGAAAGGGAAAGUCCAGCAAAGUUUAAAAGCAACGCCUAGGCCAAUUUUACAACUUCCUAGAGCAAAACUGGAGUUACGUCUCAAGCUUUACAUUUUUCCUUUUAGCCAAAGUUUAGCCAGAAAUUCAUUUUUUGGUGAUUUUUGUGCGGACAACCUUCGUUCAACCUAAGUGCAUGCAUAGCCUACCCACUCAACACUGGAGCUGAAAAGGCAAGGAGGAGAUGGAAACACAGAAACCCUGCUUCCCAGGCACCAUGUCGCCAGAUGGUGAAGAAGAGGAAAGACUGUGUUCGAGCCGAUACUCGCCAGGCAGCCAUCUAACUCAAAGAAGUCUCCUUAUCAAGGAGGCAAAAGGGUGAAUCCCCGAGUGAAUCCUUGGUGACUGUGCUACUAAUAGGCAGAAGCCACUAUUUCAUGGCUAUAGCAGUUGCCCGAUGAUGGCGCUCAAUGCGCCAUCAUCGGGCAACACCAAACAAAGGUCCACACGUGGAGCCCUUUUUGGCUCGUGGAAAUGAGGAUUCUCCACGUGCUAAAAAGGGCUUCACACGUGGAAUCCAUUUCCACUCUGAACCCCUGUCUGGUGUUGCCCGAUGAUGGCGCAUUGAGCGCCAUCAUCGGGCAACUACUAUAUUUAUUUUAGUCUAUUUUUUUGACCUAUUUUUUUUUGACAAAAAAUAGGCCAAAAAAGAAUAUUCGUUAUGAAAUAGGCAUCGUGUGAAGUAACCCCCGUCAAAAAGAAAAUAAAAAGCCUGAGGCUCAACUCUCAGUUUCACGUUAGGAAACUGUCCGAGUGGCCAAGGCAAUUCCUGCAGAAGAUGUUGGGCUUUCCUUUCCAACUCUGAGUCAACCUUUUCCUUGAGGUAAAAUCCAAUUCUAAAAAUGACUAAGGCUAAGUUCUGUACAUUUACAAGAAUUGCUCGCCUAGCACAGCUGUUCAUAUUGGGGUGGAAAGCCUUGCUGAUACAAUUGAAUAUGCACUCGAGGCUACAUUCCAGGAGGCAAUGCCUGGGUUGAGAGGCUAAACCCUCCAUAAACGAGUAUAAAAAUUUAGCUCGCCUAAUGGAAUAUAAUAUUUUUAAAAAUUAUAUAUAAACUUUAUUAUAAAAUUAUCUUAAAAUCCCAAUUCGCAAAAAUAAUAAUUUGUAAAAUUUAUUUUUAGAAUGCAAAAUAGAAGCAGAAUUAACUCAAGAUUUAAUUAUAAAAAUUAUCACUAAUAUAUCAAAACAUUUUUAAUCAAAAAAAUUCUUAUUAACCCUCGAAGAAUGAUUUUUACCCAAAAAUAGUUUUUCUAAUUGUUUUGCUCUUUAUGUAGGGAUUAAUUAAGUCAGAACGCUAUUUUAUCUAUGACCUGUGCUUACUUUUUUGUUUCUAGUUUACCAUUUAAUUUUUAACACUUGGUGAGCCUUGGAUGUCUCUAUUGCAUUAGCAAUUUUCGUAUUUAGCUUGAUUUAUCUGGGGUAUUCGAAUCUUUUUGAGCAACUUGGAGGAUUACUAGUUACACUUAUAAAUAUUAAGGGAUUAUUUAUCUUUAUUUAUCUGGGGUAUUCGAAACUUUUUGAGGAACUUGGAAGAUUACUAGGUAUACUUAUAAAUAUUGAGGAAUUAAAAAAGAAUCGUUUUAUUCGACUUGCGCUUCUGGGCUUUUCUAUAUGAGCUAUUUACUCCUUAUUUACUAAAAUCCUCCAUGAAAGAUUAGGGAAAAUAUUUGAACAGACAAGAUAA